AUGCUUACGCAAGACGACUUCGACUUUGACAUCAACGAUGACGACCUGCUCACAUUGACAUCCGAAAUUGACGACGCAUGUCCUGACCUUGCAAAUCCUGCUUUGAACCGCUCUGUGCAGCCCAGGGACAAGGGCGAUGACAGACUGCAUCACCCUCCCGGCACCUCUGCGGAUGCCCCUAUCAUACUUGAUGAAAGAAGUCCUAACAAGAAGACCUAUCAGCCCGUGUCAAAGCAGUUCACUUCCCCGGUCACUCUCACGACGCGCCUGCAAGCCGCAACUGGCGAUCUAGGUUCAUCGAAGAUACGCAAACCAUUUGUCAGGCCACCAUUUCCAGAGGCUGUCCGUGAUCGCUCACCCAUCAUCGGUCUUUCGUCAAACCUACUGCUCAGGACAUGUUUCCGCAUCGGUGAAGUGAUUAACCAAAGCUGUCAGGCAUCCAAAUCAGGGAAGCACAUCAUGAUUGAGAUGUAUGCCAGAGUGCUUGCUUCUGAGCGGACUAGUACGGAGCAGCAGUUCACCUUCUGCGACCUCUUCCACGCCAAGCCACCUUACAUCAAGGCAGUGUAUAAUGCUGCUAUCUGGAAGUCGGUGCAGCUCUUCGAGUACGACAGCAGAAGACUGUUACAGCAAGGGCGGAUCUGCCGCUGCAUUGGCACCAUGAAGCGCGAGGAUAAGGAAUGGACAAUGACAAUCCUCAACAUCUGGGAAGCAACUUGGGAGGACAUCGAGUGGGUGCAAGGAAUUGUGGACUCUUAG